AUGCAACUGACUAAUUUCCAUACCCAGCUAUCUCGCGAUAAUUUGCGGUUAUCCCUGUUAGGUUAUCUGAUUGAGGACUUUGAAGUAGAUGACAGAGUCAUGCAGGACUAUAUGGUAGCAAAUUGGCCAGUCACAGUUCGUGUCCUGCAUUAUGACCGCAACUUCUUCAUCCUGAAGUUUAUGAAUCGAGCUGAAAUGAUGGCUAUUCUGGAUAAUGGUCCAUAUGCUGUAAAUGGUGGCUUACUUAUACUGCAUCGAUGCUAUGAUCAUGAAGAUCUGGUCUUGGAUAGUAUCAAGAUCGAGAAAAUGAGCAUCUGGGUCCGCCUGCAUGGGGUGCCUAUCACUUCCAUGAAUUACCGCUCCUUGGAAGAUCUGGCCAGAAGGGUUGGCGAUGUGGAAGUUAUCAAACAAGACUGUGUAUCUCUGCGCAAAAUCACCUAUGUCAGAGAAAAGGUAUGGAUAAAACCUGGUGACCCUCUGGUUCCUUCUUUUUAUUUCACAAAAAAGAAUGGUAAAAUGGCCAAAAUCAAAUGUAAGUUUGAGCAUAUGCAUAAGUUUUGUCAAAGAUGUGGUCGAUUGGGUCAUCCACUCACCCGCUGUUAUUUUAUGGAGGAUGAUGCUCUGACCACUUUUCUCAAUAAUUUUUUUGCUGCCAGAGCAGCUCAGUUUGACUCUCCUCUGUUAGUGGAUGUUAAUAAGCCACUGUGUUCUGGAGCAAUUCGGGGACACGCUCAUAAACAGAAGCGUAGUACUCGACUACCUGAAUACAAAGUGGCGGCAAUGCUUGAUUUCUAUGAUUCCGUGCCGGAUACCUAUAUUCAGGAUGGCUUCACUAUCUCUGAGACUGAUGAGGAAACUCCAGUUCCCUGGUACCCUUGGUCCCCGCAUAAUCCUGAUGAUCAUCAGUUGGAUAAUGCUGAUGAGGAGGAUGAUGGUAAUCAAUCGGAUGAUCCGGAUCAGGAUGACAUUAAUCCUGACAAUAAUAAUGAUGAAGAUGAAUCCUUGUCUGGGGGAUCUGAUCAGUUUAUGGAUGAAAUCAAUGCUGAUAAUUUUGUUGAUGAUGAUGGCCCCCCAAUCCAGGUGGAGGGUAGAUCUAGCCUUUAUGCAGGAGUGGAGGUUGAUUAUUCAAGAAGUUCAGCUCCUGCGGCUGGAGAAGACACAGUUUCUUCACUUUCUGGUGACCAAGGUUUUCAAAUUAGUGAUGAUUCUCAUAAUGCUAUAGCUGAUGAAGUUGCUAGUGAUUCUGUUUCUGUGAAUUUUGGAGUUCGGAUGACUCCAAGACUUAGUACCAGGUACUCUACUGGGGGUGGAGGGUUCCCACAACAUCGGAGAAUCCCUGUUAAUGCUAAGGGGAGAGGUAAUUUUAAGAAGAAAGGUUCCCAUGGCAGUUCCUCCUCUGAUUUGGCUCUACCUUCUUUGUUGGAUGAAUUCUCCCAGACUAACAGUGAUCCUGAAGAGUUUUUCAUGAAAGCUAGGAUGGCGGUUUCUGAAUCAGACCUACCUGAUUCUAUGCAUACUGCUCAGCAAAGCUUCCCCUACAGGCCUGCUACUCCUGGAUGGUGUAUGAAGAUUGUAGAUGAGGAUUUUGAUGACUCUGUUGCCUCUGACACCUCAUUGAACUCCACAGGUAGCAGGAAAAGACACUCUGAGGAUUCUCUUCCCGACCUGGAGCGUCCAGAGAAGCGAAGGUCCAACACUGUGAUGCAUGAGGAGGUGCAAAAUCUCUUCAAAGAUUUGGAGAUGGCUUGGGAGGAAGGCAAGCAACAUGCAAGGGCAUCAGGGAUUGAACCAGAUCAAUCCCCUCUGUUUCAAUGA